UAUCUCUGCAACUGACCCGGUUAUAUAUAUUCAGGAAUAAUUUUCUUCAUUUACACCGUCUAUCUUCGCCAGACAGUUCAACAACAGAAUUAUUCUGUUCUCUUCGAUACUUUUUCUUAUUCCAUUGAUUUUAUUUUUAUCUUCAUAACAUUCUUCGUAUUUGAAACACGCCUUUGUUGAUUAUCAUAUCAUAAAUUCGGAUACUGAAUAUUUCCUUUUUAUUCAUAAAAAAACCCCAACAAAAUACAAAACCGUCUUCAAACGGUUUUCAUAAUUUUCAAACGAGAUACGGGGAAAAAAAAAAUGCAAACUUGAGUUGGAUUACCGAUCGGCCAAAUAUCAAAACAUGCGGUAUGUUUAUGACCUGUGGGACAAUUUUUGUAUUAUGUGCGACAAAGCAUCUUUGUUAGUUUCAAGAAGUAAAGAUUUCUUUUUUUCCAUGAUGUUAGUUAACCAUCAAGCUUUUUCAUCUGUGAUAAAUAUCGUGGCUGCAUUAUGGACAUCAUUUAGUUCUUUCCUCUCCGUUUCAAGUGAAAUUAUCAUGUGGCUUAUUUACGGAAUUAUUGAGUUUGCCACGGAAGUUGAAUCCUGCUUGAGGAUGUUUGUUGUAUUACUUUGGCAUUUGCUUUUAGUUUUUAUAAAUAUGAUUUUCCUUGUUGUGAAUGCCAUCGAAAACUUCAUCUAUCUGUUGUGGAAUGGUGGUGUUGGAACCGUUUCUGUACUCAACACAUCGGUGGAAAUUUUGAAAGAAAGCUGGGAUACAGCUUGCCUGAAAGGAGAAGAGUUUACAGACUUAUUUUUCUUGCUCGUUAUUGGUGGAUUUGAAACUAUUGGAUGUUUUGUUGUGGACAUUUUCUUGUAUGUCCUCAAAAUUCUGUCCUCUGUCUUAAACAUCCCAUAUUUGCUACGUGAUGCAAUUGACUCUUGUAUUAUGAUGAUUACAAAAACAAUGGAUUAUGUAUGGAUUAAUUUAACGUAUUCCAAAGAAGCAUUGUUCGGUGUUGUAGUUUGUAUCUUUCUUCACAUUAUAUUGACCCAAGGAAUAAAAAUGAGUAGAACUCUAAACCAAAGAGGUAUUACUUUCCCCAUUUUUAGACACUAUUAUAGUCAUACCGUUGCUAGGUUUGACAACGAUAGUGAGAUCUCCGAUAACGAAGAACCAGGAGAAGAAGAACAUGAUAGCAGCAAUGUCACUGAAUCUGAUAAUAGUGAUUCAGAAAGUGUUGAUGACAGCGAAAGUAACGAAAGCGACUCCAUUAUGUCCGAAACAACAGACAGCGAUAUUGAUCUGCCAAAUUAUGGAGACUCUUUGCAACAAAGUCGCCCACCCACACCGCUAAUAAACAAGCCCUUAAACAGCACUCAACUCGAAAGAGAAAUUGAACGAGAAAGAGAUAAACGUAAGUGUGUUGUUUGUCAAGACCACGUAAAGACAGUUUUAAUUCUGCCAUGUAAACACAUGUGUUUGUGUGUACAAUGUGCUAACCACAUCGUCAGAAGUUCUCCACCAGAUAGAAAUGUUUGUCCAUUAUGUCGAACCGGAAUACAGAAAGUAAUGAAUAUUUAUGUGUAAAACGUCAGUUUUUUUUUUUUACAAGUAGAAUCAUGGAAAGAAUAUUAUUUUUUAUACGUUAGUAAUUAUUUUUAUGUAUGUUGACAUGUAUGUUAUUGAAAUACUGUAAUUAUCUUCGUUUAUCAAGAACAGUUCCGUCCCCACAUUAUGCAAAAUAUACCUUGGGGCAAAUAUCUUCGGAACCAUAAACAUUUUGCGAUGUCUCUGAGAAUGUGUAAAUAGAAACAUGACUAGUAUCUCAGAGAUGUUAGAAUUACAAGAACACUGACAUCAAACAUUACUCUUAUACAUUCUUUAUAUUUAUUCCUAAAUAUAACAUUAAAAAGGUGUUGCAAUAUAACGUAUGUAAACUCAUACAUUUUUCUGAGGCCUUAGAAAUUUUAUAUAUUUUUCCUUGAAUUUAUUUCCCCCACCUCUUUCAAUUGCUAUCACUUUUAGUAGACGAGAAUUAAAGGCAGCCGCCUCAUUAUUUGUAUCCAGUGCACCGAGCGAUUGGCUGGGAAAGUGAGCAGAAAGUAUUUUAUUUUAAAUGCAAUACGUGGAUUUUGUACAGAUGUGUUCUUUAGCAGAAUUAUUUUCAUUAGAUUCCACCUUAUCCAAUUUGGAUGGGCUUAAAAUACUGUUGAUGAAAUAGUUUUGGCAAUGUAAAUUAUGUGAAAUUAUCUUAGGUGGAGUACUAUAUUAACUUAUGCAUAAAAAUACCUACUAAAUCGAUAGAAACAAACACUUGUGUGUCACUGUAUUUCUUGAAAGAAAACUUUGCUGAAGUAUUACAGAAAGUGUAUGUAAAUAACUUGGAAUUUAGUAGUUUCUAUUUUAAAAAUUGUCUGUAAAAAUAAUUGCUUCAAGUAAUGAGUUUGUCUAUGCCAGAAGUUUGGUAGGUCUAUAUUUAUUUUUUGAAGACUAGUCAAGUGGAAAAGCUGUAUCCAUGACCUAUUACAAAGCUUCCAAGACUGGAGAUAGGUACGAAAGAAGGUAUCCUCAAAAGGGAUGUCUGGCUUGAAUGCUAGUAAGAGACUAGACACUGCUAGAGGUCUCCAAGGACCAAAUGGUAGUGUUAUGCUGGGAAACUGAUUAAUUCACCACCUCAUAUAGGUAGAAGAAAAUGAUGUUAAAUACUGGAAAAUGAUGAGCAAUUAGUGUUUUUGUUGCCAGAUCAUCACCUGAUGAAAAUAAUUGUUUUUCUUAAUCAAAGGUUAUCUUUGCAAGCAAAAGUUUCUGAGAAUCUACUGCCUAGCUUGUGAUCUAGCUGGUAUAUUUGAUAUAGUGUUAUCAGACAAUUCAUGUAGAGCAAAGAGAGAUUCUCCCUGAAGAUGAGGUGUUUUUUUUUCUCUGUGUAAGAGUGAUAUUUUAUUUGUAAUUAUGGUUCAACACAGGCUUUGUCUAGGAACCAUAUAACAAGAUCAAACACUACAAAAUAAAUCAUCUUUGACUAUUAGUGCCACCAUAAAUGUUGUAUGUUUGCAAAAACAGCGUAAGUCUGUUUAAUAUCUGAAAUUAGUUUGAAUAAUGUGGACACUAAUACUAAAAUUUAAAACAGUACCAACCGACCUCUAUAGAACUGUUUCACACUGAAUGAGCAAAAUACAUUUAAAUUGAUGUUUUCUUUUGUAGCUUUUUUAGCACUAAGUUUAUUUCAUGAUCAAGUUCUUACAAGAGCCUGUAAGCUUGCAAAAUAAUACGAAUCAGUUAAAAAGGAAUUGUAAUGAAGCUGAUAUCUCUGGAUUUUGCUUAAAGGGUUAUAAUUGUCAGAUCUUCUACCAGUGCCUCUCCUUUAUCAACAACAGUCUGUUGAUUCAUAAGCCUUUACAUUUCCAGGUUUCCAACUUACAUGUGAUUUUGUUUAUCAAACAAAAUGUAAAAUCAUCACUACACUAAAUUUUAUGUUCUAGAUGCUUUACUGUUACUGCAUUGUUUAAUCCAUCCUUGAUAUGUCCUUUUAUUUUCACUAGUAUUCAGGAUGACUAACCAGUAUUCAUUAAAUUUUAUGAUUAGUUGCAUCAACUUGCAGCAGUAGAUUGUGCGCACAUUCCAUCUUCUAAUUUUUGUUAUAGCUUUGACGUUCAGAAUAAACUUAAUCAAACGUAGUACUUCCUUAUAGCUUUCAUUUGAUCAGCCAAGAGCUGUCAUCAUUAUGCCUACUUUGCUUGAAUUCCAAACCUAUCUUCUUUAGUAGGUAUAGAUAGUCCAACAACAACCUAUUAUCUUAGUAGCUCCUUGUGGGCAAUAAAAAAAUAACCUAUUAUCUUAUGCAGUUUUGCAACUUUUCCAGAAUGACAAAAAUAUCUCAGCUUUUUUCAACUUCAGUGUUGCUUUGUGUGUCUUGUCUAAAAUUUGUCUCCCACAUAUUCAGGCUGGAGUUAGUAUGAGUAUGCUUAAUGUAUACUCAAAUCUCUAUUUUUUUUUUGUUUUUAGUUACCACUUAAACUGAUUUUCUUGAUGUAGUAACAAAGAGGAAAUUGCUUUCUUUUUUUUCUAUCAUGGUAUUAAUUACCAAUAACUGUGAUCUCAGUGUCUGUAGAAUGACUUACUAGUCUUCUUCAUAUUUUUUUCCCCUUUGUGUUACUGUAUGGUUAUAAGUGAAGGCAGAGCUUCAUUCACUUACAUGCAGGAUCACUUAUGAUUUUUUUCAAUAUAUUCCCCUCUCAGAUUCACACACUUAUUGCAGUGGUCCAUCAAUUUUUCUAAGCCCUGUAAAAGAACUUAGAAGAUUGGGCCUUCAACCAAGCCUUUCAUGAUACCCUCAAAGUCAGGAAUUUUUCAGCAUCCCCUCAUUAUAUAACUACUGGAGUCAAUUCAUUUGAUUGAAAUUCUUCAAGAUGGUGCUCUGGCAUGGCUUCAGUCGAAAGACUAAAACUGAAAGUUAUAAAAUAUAUAUACCUGUCAUUUUUACAAAUGUUAGCAAGGUGAUUUUUACAGUUCUGUCACUUGUAACCAUUACAAUCACAAUAUUUUAGAAUUUGGAAGAACUUUUAUGAAACUGCUGAUUGCUUUUAUUUCUGCCUUCAUGAUUCGUUGAAAAUAUAUUUGAUUUCCUAAUUUCAUCACUUCGAUUGCUGUCAUUAGAUGCAUGUUAUUCUUUUAUUUGCAUUGUAUAUAUGGUACCAUUUAUAGAGUGACCUUUGUCAUAUAUGAUGUAAUUUUAGAGUGUGAGGAUAUCUAUUAUUGAGUAUUACUUUGCUGUGUGCGAAGUUCAAGUUUUAUAGAUGUAUAAGAACACAGUGAGAGAGAUGCAGUGUUUUGUCCAGUCUCACUUUAAUGUCCAGAUGUGUUGAAAAUUUGGCAGAGCAGUUCAUCUCUGCUGGAUGACAUAUCUAAUAUUACCAGUUAUGGCAUCAAAGUACGUUUAUUCUGUGCCAUUUCAUACUGUUCUUUGAGAUUCAUUUCAACACCUAUCAUUUCUAGGGUGAUAAAAAAAUCACUUUGUUGAUGUAACAAAGAACUGUUACUCAUUGCUUGCAUGUUAUCUAAUAAAAGGCAAUUGAAUAAUAUCAUCUCAUAGUUCAGAAAUAAUAUCCAUCAGUCACAAUUCAUGUUUUUAUUUUCUCCAUUUUAUUAUACUGAAGUGAUAGAAUUGGUUUUCUACUCAAUUCUAAUAUUCCUUGAAGCACUUGACAAAAUUAAAUACUUGAUAUCACAAUUGAAAGUUAUCUCCCCUGCAGUCAAUUAUUUUAGUGACCAGCAUUCAUGUGUUUAAUAGAACUAUUAAAUCAUAGUGAUUUUAAACCUAGACUAUUUAAAGUAAGAAGAAAAAGAGUGGAGUUGCUCUCUUAUCGAGAGCUAUUGGAAACAUUUACGCUGCACUUUUAUCUGCCCAGGGUCAUUAUGAAGAAGCUUUUCAUGUAUGUAAAACCAUCACUGUUUUAGAAUUUCUAAUAGUCAUAUCAGAAUGCCUCUCUUGUUUGAUAUUCACCAAAGAAGCUUUCCAAUCUUUCGCACUUUUCUUUUAUCUGACAUGCUCUUGUUCUUUUGUGGCUUUCCCCAGUUGCCUUUGUCCAUUAUGCAUAGCUUCAUUUUUGAACGUGAUUUUAUUUUUGUAAAGCAUUUAUAGGUACAACUGUACUUCAUUUCCUAGAAUUUGUACUUGUCUUUUCCAGUUACUUCUUAAAAUUAUAUAAUUUAGAAACUCUCAUCAUUGACUAUUGUCAUAAGCUAUAAUGAUUCAAGCUAGUCAUUAACCACAAUUACUUCCAGUGAUUCUGUGUUUUGAAUUCAAAAUGCUUUGAUGAAAACAUUUCCAUUUUAGCUGAUUAAGAUUAGUAUGAGUGAACUAAACAAUAAAACAAAAAUGAAUCAAUAGUCACUCUGUCAUCUCUUGACCAAUAUUUAAAAGAUCUUCCUCUAGUUUUGAUUGAAUUGUCUUCGAAUACAGUGCUGACACCAAUUUCCUGAAUGCAUUAAUCAUACAUUACAUGUUUUCAUUUGCAUACUACAUGUGUUUGGAUAUUUUUAUUUUUACAAUUGGAUGGCUUUCUUGACAUAUGGUCAUUUAUCAUGAUUGAUAUUCAAAAUGGAAUAAAGUCCUUUACUCAAAGACAAUAUAAAUUGUCAAACUCCAGAGUUCAAAUCCUUACCUUUCAACCACCAAUUCUUUACAUGUUGGUGACUUUUACUGAAUUAAUUUUUGAUUUUUUUUAAUCUAGAAAGUUGGAGAAUUUGAACGACUUUUUUUAAAAUUUGAUUUUCAGUAUUUUAUAAAAGUGGUAACAUAUCUUUAAUAAAUGUUUGUAAAAUUUCUUCCAAAACCAUUUUCUUUGUUUAAAAUGAUUGAAAAAUGACCAUCAUAAAUUUCAUUUAAGGAAUAUCAAUAUAUAUUUUUGUUAUUAGUACUGUUGCAUCAUUGACAGUUGGGUUUUUGAUUUAUCAUUUACUGACAGUGUGGAUGCAGUAUGGUCAAAUGGUUAAGAAAUUCACUUUGCAGCCAUAAAGCUCUGGGUUCAAUCUCACUGCAUGGCAUCUUAGAGCAAAUAUAAUUUUCUGUUGCCUCAGGUUGGCCCAUACAUGAUGAAUGAAACUGUAUUGAAGCUGACUGGAUGGAUUUUACCUGUAUUUCAAAAGAUAGUCUUGUCACAUGCACUAUCAUGCUGAUUUUUGUCUAAGAAUUAUGUUAAGGGUAUAAGUGACUGUAGAAUACUCAGCCACUUCCAUGUUAAUUCAGGGACAGGUAAUUCAGAGUUGAUCAAACAACAGGAUCCUCAUUGGUUGAAUGGCAGAGAAUCACCAAAAUUCCUGAUAACAACAUUGUAAAUCCCUUUCUAUGUCUUUAUUUAACUGUAGUUCAUUACUGUAGGGUGAAAAAAAACAACUUUUUAUUCUAUGUGAGGAUUUAAAAAAAAAAAAUGAAAAUAAAAACGAGUGGUUCUAACCAUCUGAACAAAGCCAAUGAUGUAAUUAAUACAGUUACAUUGCUGAAGACUUGGUCUUUUAGAUGCAUUUGUGCCACAUUCCAUACUGUUAGUUCCCUCCAGACAGGCAUUCCUUUAGCUACAGUUAAAUCUCAAUGGGUAAAAUAAUAUUUUGUUUUCCUGUUGAAAUAUGUAGCAAAACAUUGAUCAUGAGAUAUAUUAAUUAUAACUCAACUAUACUUGAUAGUGGUCUUUAGAUUCUUUUACUAGUAUCAGUUAGUAGAUUGUGGCCAUUCUGGAGUACUGUUUUCAAUAGCAUAGUAGAUUUUACCAACCCCAGUACUUGCUGACUGGCACUUGGAGAAGGAUGAAAGGUAAAACCAGUCUGAAUGAGAUCUGAACUCAGAAGGUAAAGGGAUAAGAUAUUUCAUCUGAUGUUUUACCCAUUCUGUCAUCCAUUGCUGCAUUUGACAUAAUCUAUUUAUAUUGGGAACUUAGGAACAUUUCAAACCAUUUUAAAUUGUAUGUAUGCUAUUUUUUUAAAGUAUGAAGCCUCUUCUCCCAUCCAAAAACAAACCUUUGGUAUCAAAAUUUUUUAUUUCUAAAAGAGAUUCUAAUUAUGUAUUUUUAUAUUGUUUGAUAUUAAAUUUGAAUUACUUCUUAUAA